AUGGAAGCUCUGUCGGACGCCGUCAACCAGCAACAAAACCAAGCUGAAGGUCCCUCUCUCCAAGGAAGUUUGAAGGAUACUGCGAACCGAAAGGAAACGAAGGCGAAAAGGGUUGUUGAAAAGAGAGAAGAAAUGGCUUCCAAGUUGAAGUUCAAGGAUGAUCAGAUCCUCGCCCUGGAAGGAGAAAUUGAGCAUAUGAAGAACCAGCAUCACGUCGCAAUGAAGAAAUUGGAAGCGGAAGCCCAGGAAGCUCGGAGAGCCAGGGCCCAGCUUCGAGGAUGCCAGGAUGAGUUAGAGAGGGUCAGAAAAUCUUUGGAGAUGCUGCAGGCGAGAAGAAAGGAAAGAGAGCCACAAAUCAAGAUCGGAGAAGAAGAAAAUGUGGAGAACGGCAAAAAGGAAUUGGAAGAAGAACUGAAGCAAGCAAAAUUUCAGUGGAAUUGCGCAAAGAUGCGAGCCGACGACCUCCUCUCCUUAUUGGAGUAUGAGAGAAGAGCCCGAAAACAAGAAAAAUCGGCUCAUUAUCAUAAGAAAAUGAAGUGGAAUGCGGAUAAAGAAGGAUACGAACAGAUGGCAGAGAAUUUUUUGGAUGAUAUGAGAGAAGAAGCCGAUCUAGUCAAGUCUCUGAAGAAGGAGAGGGACAUUUUGAGAAGGGAGAGAGAUGCUGAAAAAAAGGCAAAGGAGGAACUUUUGGAUGCAUUUCGACAAAUGGAUGAAAAUGCAAAACGGUUGAAGAAGGAGCUAACAACUGCCGAAGAAGAGAAGCAGACAAAGGAAAAUGUUUGGAAGGCUGAAAAAGAAGCUCUGGAAGCUCAAGUUCGAGAAGCCCAAGCUUGUAUGAAGCGGAUCCAGGAUCUUGCUCAGCAAUUUCCCAGAACCCAAGCUCUCUCUGCUCCUGUCCUAACGAAACUUACUUCUUUUUGGAGUUGGACGUUUUGGCAUCUUCAUGCUCGAGGAUGCUUGGGGAGUGCUUGCGGAUCCUGA